AACAGCUGCAGCGUCAGCUGGCAGGCAACAAACAUCAUAGCCGACACAGGUUGCCGCAUAGCAACAUUUUGGCCAUAUUGCGGAGCCAAUCAAACUUAACGAGCCGACAAUCUGUCCGAUAUGUGCCCGAAAUGGAGUCUGGCUCUGGCCAUCAAUGAGCGUCAUAAUCGCAUGAAAAGGCCACGAACUGGCUGUAAUUUUCGAGCAGCUUUAACGUGUGGCAAGGUGCUUUCAAUGCUGUCCCUUUACUUGUGCUCUGACAAUUAUGAAUCAAGUUUUUGCUGCGAUACGAUCGAUCGAUCGAUCGAUCGCUGCAUCUCCCCCAGGGGUAGCCACGGAGAUAUUUGCCAAAUGGAAUGCAAUUAAUUGAAUUUACAAGAGCGACAACACAUCGUGGGGUAGCUAUCAUUAAGGCAGACCAAAAUAAGACACAGACCAGAGCCUCUGUCAGUUAGUUUUGCUGCUCGAAUUUGAUUUACGAUUGCGUUGCCUUUUCCCUCUAGGAUCUGAUCUCUCUGCUCACAUUUCUGUCUAAAACAAUGCCCGGCAGCCACGAUAAUUUCAGCCACGGUUUCCCCAUGGCCAGCACCCAAAGCGAACGACUGCUGCAGGCACAGAAUCGGCGCAAGUUCAGCUUUCCGGCCACGCUCCAUUCCGCCUCGCUGCUGGAGGUGGGACAGCGCGAGACGACCAGGAGGCGCCUCAGCAAUGUCAGCGAUGUUGUCACACGCAAAUUGUCCUACACCAUUGGCUGGAAGGCGGCACAAAUACCCGCACAGGACAUCAUCACACAGGGUCGCUGUUUGUGCGGACACUACAUCAAGCGAAGGCUGAGACGCUCGGGUUUGUUCAACAAAAAGUUGGGCCUGCAGCGCAUACGCAGCAUUCUCGGCUCCACCUCCAUGGGCAUUGUGCGCGAUGUCUUUCCAGCGGUUCAAGUGCUUGGCGAUGAACUGGAGCGCAUGCAUCCGCGUGCCUACAACGGCGUCGCUCGACAGAUUUGUCGCAAUCCCGGCGGCGAGUUCCACACACCCGAUGCUGUCAGCCUGCUGCUCGGGGCGGUGGGUCGCGAAUUGUUCCGUGCGGACAUCACCUGGAGCAAGGUCAUUUCGCUGUUUGCCAUUGCCGGCGGCCUGUCCGUGGACUGUGUGCGCCAGGGGCAUCCCGAGUAUCUGCCCAAGCUGAUGGAGAGCGUCUCGGAGGUGAUUGAGGAUGAGCUGGUGCCCUGGAUCAAUGAGAACGGUGGCUGGAGCGGCAUUAAUACCCACGUGCUGCCCACAACCAACAGUUUGAAUCCGCUCGAGUGGACGACGCUGGUGAUAGGCGUGGUUUUUGGCCUCAUUCUGCUUUUUAUGUUCUUGCGUUUCAUAGUGAGCACAAUAAUACCCAAAAUAUAUCAACGAUUUACGAACUGAUUUACGAA